AUGAAUUCAUUAGCAAAUGAUAUGAAUACAUCCAAUCAAUUAUCUUCGUUUACCACAAAACCUGAAACGAAACGAUUAAAUAAAACAACAAAACGUAAAAAAAAUCCGGCUGGUAGAAAUAGUCCGGAAAAGCAAUAUAAACGUGCAUUUAUAUGGGAAAUGGAAGAUGUUUGUGCAUUAUCGAAUUUUUUCCUUCGAUCAAAUGAUCCAAUUCGUAAUGAACGAUUAGCACAAAUGAUUAAUAAUAAUGUUAAUCGAUUGAUUACAUCUAUUUUUGGCAUUGAUCAAGAUAUUCAAGAUUGUGAAUAUGUUAAUAUCGAAGAUGCUAAUAUCGAUGAUACAUUUGAUGAUAUGACAUAUACGCCAAUUAAUAUCGAUACACCAAGUACAUCAGCAAUUGGUGACACUGAAUCAUCGUUGUUAUGUCAUGCACGUGGAGGUGUAGAUUGGAUGAGAAAAUUAGCUGCAAAAUAUCAACACAUUAAAGAUAUUUAUAAUUCGUAUAAGAAUAAUUUUGCUGGCCUUUUAGAAAGAACUGGAAAUACGGAACGAGCCGAAUUAUUAACAUUAAAAUCAACAAUGGAACCAUUAACCCAAGGUUGGGGAGAAAGUGUUGGACAAUGUUUGAAGCUCGUUAUUGAGAGAUCAUCUUGUGAGCAUUAUGCAAAUGUGUUAUUAACGGGCGAAAAUAUUGUCUCAACAUUAGCUAAAUUAUUAAUUAUGGAGCAAAGUUCAAUGAUACCGGCGGAAAAUGUUUAUAGCAUAAUGAAAAUUGGUAAAGAAGCGGUAAUUGACCGAAUUUUGAGUCAUUUUGGAAAAAAAUGCUCUUUUGUUGUCAUAUCAACACAUCUUGAUACGCAUGAAAUUGCCAAAAAGGUUUGA